ACGAAUGGCGAGUGGACUACUUCUUUCGAAGUCUCCUCGUCUAGUGUACUCUUCAGUUCUCGUUUUGUAGACUGCAACUGCAAGCACGCGCUCUCUCCGACACCGCCUGCGAAACCAAGCUAGCUAUCCAUUUAACAGGCCGGAAAAGAACUAGAAGGGAUACUGCAUUGCAUCUUCCCCUGCUGCAGGCUGCAGCCAUGGCUGCCUAUCCAAGACCAAGAGCCCGCCACCUGCUUCUCCUCCUCCACGCUCACCUCUGCCUCGCGUCUCUUCGCGCCGCCAGCGCGCUCUAUUUCAGCUACAACUUCUCCAUCCCGGGCGACCUCGACCGCGCAAACCUCAGGUACAUCAACGACUCCUCUCGCGCCGGCGACAGGGUCGACCUCACGAUCGGGAACAAGAACAACAGCACCGGCCGCGUGUUCUACCCGGAGCCGGUGCGCCUGUGGGACCGCCGCACCAACGAGAGAGUCAGCUUCAACGUAAGCUUCUCCUUCUUCAUCGGCAGCAGUCCACCGAAUCCCAACGCCAACACCACCACCGCCACCACCCGGGGGGAUGGCAUGGCGUUCUUCGUCGGCCCUUCCCUCCCGACCCUACCCUUGGGCUUUCGCGGCCCGUUCCUCGGGCUCUUCGACAACCCGCUGGAACACCCGAGUAGCACCUCACCGUCGACCGUCGGCGUGGAGUUCGACACCUACUGGAACAGGGUUUGGGACCCCCAGGACAUCGCCGGCCACGACCACGUCGGCAUCGACGUCAACAGCAUCCGCUCCACCAGCUACACGAGGGGCCUGGCGAAAGGGGACCUCUCCGGCACCAUGUCGGCGAACAUCACGUACGACGGAGGCUCCAAGCUGAUGGUGGUUACCCUACGGCUGGCCAACGGGAGUACUUCGCAGAUACAGGCGCUGGUCGACUUCAGGGACGCCGGAGUACCACAAGACGCGGCCAUUGGAUUCUCGGCGGCCACCUGGGCUGACGUCAACCAGCUCCUCUCUUGGUCCUUCAGCUCAACAGAUCCAUCUAACAGUAGUACUAAGAUCCAACUAUGGGUAAUACUAGUGCUGUCUGCUGCAAGUGCAUUACUAGCAGGUUUAGUGGUUGCUAUGACUUGCUUCAUCAUGAUGCGUCGAAAGCGCCCGCCACCGCCGAUGGAGAUAGAGUUGCCGGUUGCCAGGAAAUUCUCGUACCACGAGCUGACCUUGGCGACCGACAGCUUCUCCCAGGACAGGAAGCUCGGCGCCGGCACCUUUGGAGCAGUGUACAGAGGGGACCUGCGAGAUCGUCGGCGCGUUGAUGCGCCGGUGGCAGUGAAAAAAUUGACGCUGCUGUUGGAGCAAACCAGGCGGGACUACGUCACCGAGAUCAUGAUCUUGGGCCAGCUGAAGCACCGCAACCUUGUGAAGCUCGUUGGGUGGUGCGACGGCGGUGGAGACGACAAGCUUCUGCUCGUGUACGAGCUGGUAACCAACGGGAGCCUCGACGACCACCUCCACGGGUCGUCGGAGAGGCUGCUGACAUGGCCGGAGAGGUACAAGAUCGUUCUGGGCAUCGGCUCCGCCAUAGAAUACCUCCACACCGGCGACAAGGACGCCAUCCUGCACCGGGACAUCAAGCCCAGCAACGUGAUGCUGGACGACGCGUUUGAGGCCAAGCUCGGCGACUUCGGGCUCGUGAGGCAGGUCCAUCCCGGGCAGGGCUCCCUCAGAGGCACGGCCAUGGUCGGGAGCUGGGAGUACAUGGACCCUAAGUGCAUCACCACCGACUCGGCGACCACGGCGUCCGACAUGUACAGCUUCGGGGUGCUGCUGCUGGAGAUCGCCACCGGCAAGAGGCCACGGGUGCCGCGGGACGAUGAAGAACUAAGCCUCCGAAACGCCCUCGUCGACGCUGUCCGGGAGUCUUACGGCAAGGGUGCGGUCCUCGAGAUGGCCGACGCGCGGCUGAACGGCGACUUCGACGAGAGGCAGAUGGAGCGUGUGAUGCUCGUCGGGCUCCUGUGUGUCAACCAGGAUCGUGGGAACCGGCUGGGCAUCAGAGAAGCUGUCAAUUUACUCUCGAAUCUCAGACACCCGUUACCUGAACCUGAAGGUAUCAGCAUAUGAUUAGAAAAUGAUUGCUGCCUGAAUCUCAGACGUGCACCUAGUAGGGAGUAUGUAGUUCAGUGUCUCCUUUACGGCUUUACCCUAGUAGGGUAUGCUGUCGGCUGUCCAUCCUUUAAUCCGUGUGACCAUUGUUUUCUCUUGUCAUAUUUAUUUGAGACAAUAUCUUUGGUGUAUACAUGUUUGUCGUGUUUGCCGCUGUCCAUGGCGGUCCGUCGUGGUUAGCAUAUCUAACAGUUUGCUAGAAGUGGUAGAUAUAACUAACUCUCUAG